AUGAACAUUCAGAAAGAGGCGAAAAAUCGAAACACAGGAAAAUAUGAUCAUGCCAAAAAGGAAAACAAAAAUAACCAGGAAAGUUACUCCGCCAAUUUGGUCAACCCAGAUGAUAAGGUGAGCAUGCUUAAGAACAGCAGCAACGCAAUAGGGUGCUCUCAAGAAAUUGCCGGUGAAGAUCCCAAAGUGAACAUUAAUCAAAGUGUGUUAAAAAAAGUUACAACAGCGUCGGUUUUUAAAACUGAUGGUGACACGACAGACGAUGCGAAGAAGAAAUGUAAUAACAAUGAAAAUGCCAAUGAGGAAGUGCAUUAUAAGGGCAGCACCGGUGCCGCGGAAGGCACCCCCGUAAGGACUACCACGGAAGGCGUCGCGCAUGAUAACGGCAAGCGUGACAUGUGUAGCCAUAGCAAUGUCGCGAAAGGGGGAGAUAAUUACCAACAUGGUCAUAUCGCAUGCGGUUCCACGAACGAUGACAAAGGAGGCAAAACGCAAAGCGGCGCGAUCGGUGCAUGCAAGGACCAGGGGGAUAGCAGCCAAAGCAACGACCGAGAAUUGGAAGGAGGGAAAAAUGUUGAAACAUUAGAUAAAGUGUCACCAAAAAGUGAAGUAAAAAAAAAACACUACAGUAAUUUGUUGCCAAACAGAAAUUGCAACGAUGAUGAUAAGUGCAACUCGUCUCAGAAUGUUAAGGAGGUGCCUCCUAGUCAAGAGGAAAAGGAGAAAUCCGAAACGAGUCCUCCAGCAGGCGAUAGGAAGGGUGUGAAUAAAGACCCCCCUGCGAAUGACGAAGGGGGUUCCCCAUCCAAAGGGGGUAAUGGAGACAACAAACCAGUUGACACUUCCGUGGAAGCGCCCCCUUUUAAUACCCCCCAAAAGGGUACCAAUAAUGACGCGGAAGAGGUGCAACACGCCAAAAUGGAGGGCCCAAUCAGCACCAAACAGAAUAGUGAAAAGGCUGAGAGCAGCAAGAAGGGAAAUGCAACAUUGGAAGAAGAAACGAAGCCGAGCGAACCAAUUAAUAGCACCAACAUAAGACAGGGCAAAAAUGCCAAUAUGAAUAAAAAUAAAGGUGUAGUGAAUAAUGAUUUAGACGUAAUAACCGAGGAGGGAGGAAAGACUGAACGGGGCCAAAAAGAUAAUCACCCGAAUGGUUAUUUAAACUCCAGUGCCAACAGAACAGCGAGCGGGAGCAGCAAGAAGGUGAGCCCCUUUAAACGAAGCGAGCAUCAAAAGGAUAAAGAAAACAGUAAUGAGGAGACCAGCACCAAUAAUGUGAUGAGCCAAAAAAAUGGAAAUUACAAAAAGUUCCCCUCGCUGAAUAGUGCCAAAAACGGGGCAUCCUUUAAGAAGGAGGCAAGAAGGAACAACCCCAAUAAUGGGAGCUCCAACAGGAAGAGUGAGAACUACAAAACCUUUGGCCACAGUAAGAGGGACGAAUGUUGGAAGAGCUGUAGAGACAAAAAUGAGGAUCACAACGCCGCAAGCGGGGACUACGUUAGAGGCGGAGAGAGUUACAAAAAUGAAGAGAGUCACCCUCUCGGGGGGAAUUCCCCCAACAACAGUCACGGUAGAAAUGGUGAGCCGCAUAGGGCAAAUGAAAGGGGCUUCAAAAACGGCAACCCGCACACGUAUAGAAACGCGGUUAACGGGGGCCACAAAAAUGUGGGUGCUACGGCCCAAACGGGCAACUCCGCAAAAAUGAACGAUAAUUGCCACAACGCAGACAGUUAUAAAAUGGGCAACCAGAAGAAUUACCACCGUAGCGGCAAUAAUGAAGAUGCCACGGGCAGCCACGACCAGGGCGUGUGCUGGAUGAACCAGCAGGAGCAGCGCGAGCAGCAGGAACAAAGUGGAAAAGGCGAAAGCUUUAAUUUUAGGAGAAACCAGCUGAAGAACAAAAAAGAAGCAACGGGCGUGAAGCAGAAGGACACGCGGUUUCACAUGGCGGAAAAGCACGCCAAGAAAUUCGACGCGAAUUAUUUUGCAAGAAGUGACAGCGCAAAUGUUGGUAACGAUAGCGGCAGUGCUAGCAAAAAAAAGGUGAAUUCGUUUAGCAAGCAAAUGCAAAGUACCAAUUAUAGCAAACACUCACCCGUUAGCGGCGAUAAAAAUGGGAAAGAGACCAACGGGUAUGACGAAAAUGAUUCCAUGGGAGCGUUUACAGAAGGAGACAUCAGUAGAAAAAGCUCCGAGUUGGUGAACAAGCAGGUCAUACACACGGCCAAUUGUACGUCUCCAUCGGGUACCUACCACAAUAGUGGUGAAAAGACUCAUGAGCAUAUGACCCGUUCAGGUAAGAAAAAUAGCACUACCAUGGGUAGCCCUUCACACCGCGGCCAUAUUGACAAGGCUAACAAAACGUAUGCUAAGCUCACACAUACCAAUGAUGGUCAGGACAACCCAAAAGAGAGCAUCACCCCUGGUGGUAAUUCUGAUCAGAUGAGAAGCGAAAAUAAGGGCGGUUUUAUCCCCAAAGCGGAUAUCAGCGACAGUGGGCGAGGCAAGAUUGGUAGCAGUGGCGAAAAAGACGCAAUGAAGGAGAUAAGGAGAAAGGAACACAAGAAGGGGGAUUACCCAACGGUGGAAGGGGGAGGAAGCGGUGCACAUGUAAAAAAAAUUGAACGACGAGCGAAGCAUUUUACGGCCCAUCCGGGAGAUGCCGCAAAAAGUUAUGUACGCACAAACGGGGAUGAAUACCACCACGCAGGAGCCAAUGGGGAUGAGAAGGAUCACACAAGCUCACCACCAGGUGAGAAAGAUAAGAACCUUAAAAAUGGUGGAAAGCAAAACCUUUUGAGUGGCCCAGAAAAUAAAAGGAAAGUGUUUUCCCCCAAAACGGAUCAAAGGAGUAGCAACGCAGACGAAGUAACCCACCCUUUUAAUUUUAAAGAGUUCGAAUGCUGGAUGAGCGGAAGGUAUAAUAAGCUAUUAGAAACAUACAUCGAUCAGGAGAAUAGGAAAAAAAACAACAGUGAAAUGUUUGAGGAGGAAAUAAAAGUAUACGAAUUGUGUUCUGCUUACACCAACAGUGGUGUGCAAAAGGACACCCAUGAGGACCUCUCCCAAAUGACAGAAACGUUAGGAAGCCGAGGCACCACUGAGGAGGAUGCUGCAAGAAGUAAGGACAACACGGAUGUUCAAACGAACCCGGAAAUGGCAAAUGAAAGGGAACUGGUGAUUGAAGGUAGGGGCGGGUUCUCCACUAGGGGGAAUAAAGGCGAACAUGUAGACAACGGCGCGGGAGAUAGUUAUAACACUGCAAAGGGUAAUUACUUCCCGGGUUCAAAAAAUCACAUGCAUGUAUUAAAUAGCAGCGCCGCCCACCAGGGCGAAAACAGGUACUACCAAAGAAACAAUAAUUACCGCCCAAAUCAUCAGAAAAGGUCUUUGCAGUUGUUCCACAAGAAUGGCCCACAGAAUAGUCCACAUAAUGACAAGGCACCCUUUAUGAGUUUUUCUUCGGGUAAAAAGUGGGACAACUCGGGUAGGGCAGGAGGAGAGGAAGUGGUCGAAAGUGCGAUUGAGGGCGCAAAGUUGGAAGGAAAUGCAAACACAAACACUGGCAUGCACGCAGACAUUAACGAUGACAUGAACGCUGACAUGCACGCCGACAGCAACGCCGACACUAACACUGAGGCAAACGGCACCCCCUCUGUGAAAAAAUACAGCGCACACAGCAAGAACAGCCAGGGCGAGGAAAAAGCCAGCGACGGCAACUUCAGCAGAAAGACCUACUACGAAAAAAAACCAGCGGGAAAACGGUUCGGCAAUAGCAACAUAACCACCAAGAAGCUCAGUAGCAACAAUGGGUUUUACAAGAAGAAGUAUCACGCUGGAGACCAAAAGAACGACUACAUGAGAACUGAAAUGAACAACGCGACGUUUUACAAGUCCAGUAGGCAACCGAUGGGGCAACACAAUAGUAAGAGGAGCAACUGGAGCGCGAAAUUGGUAAACGACCGGUUUGGAAAUCGGUACGAAGAACCCUUCGGUGAGCCCUUUGGUGAACGACUGAACGAACGGUUUAGUAAGCAAAACAAUUCAAACGACAUGGACCACACGAGUGGCAUGUUUUAUGCCGCUAAAAAUAGGAUGGACAAUCAUGUGUUGCUACGAAAUGAAAUGGGUGCCGCCAAUACGCAUACUUCCAAUCCAGCUGGGAAUAGUAAGAAAUCGAACGCAACAUAUUUAACAGCAAAAAGUGAAGGUGCCAAGAAUAGGCACUACGAGUGA